AACCGUUGCAGUUCGCGCCAAGCCGGCACCCACACCACCCACCACCCAAUCUCAGCCUUGCCCAGCCUCGAUCGUCAGUGCUGUUUGGACGUGUUUGCCAAGAUUGCCCCCGCUCCCUCAACGAACGAUGGAGUCGAAGAAAACAGACACGCUCAAAGAAAGAAAAGGCAGCAAAACAGGAAGCAGACAAAUAUCUCACAUGUUACUACAGCUGCAAUCCUAGAACUGCAUUGCUUUUCUGGGAGCGAUAUUUCAGCAUUCCAUUUAUAUGCAUUUUCUUCCACAGCGCCCCUCCAAUCGCAGACCUGUUGACCUGGCGUCACAAAGCAGUCACCGGAACCAACCGAGAGUCAUUCCUCACACCCGCCGCCGCCGAAGGGUUCCUCUUUCCCGACAGACUCCAAGCGAACCAACCAACCCUUCGCUGCACGCACAAAACUGCUCUCAGACCGUGUGUGGACAGCAUCAUCACCAUGGAACAACAAGAACAGCAGCAGCAACCGCAACAAAACCAAAAGAGCACUCCCGCCCGGCGACGCGGAAAGCGACCCGUCAACUCUCCUGCACACAAGACGUACGCUUCGGAAAACGACGUUCCAAGCGAGGGGUCCUUCCCCAUGGAGCUCGCGGGACCCUCGACCCCUCAAAAGCCGGCUCCCAACAGCCCAGUGCCAUCCUCCCAGCUUAACCAUUCCAAGUCCAAGCCCCGGUCCGGGAACAAGCUGAAGGCAAAACAAGUCUCGUCGCCAGGCCCCGCAAAGCAGGGUCGCACAACCCCGCCGCCAGUCACGGCGCCGAAGCCCGUUGAGGCACCCGCCUUUGCUGGUGCUACGUUCCAUGCCUCUCCAGCGCCGUCCUCGCUCCCGAUCCCCAGCUUCCUGUCCAAGGCGCUCGACUCGCCAUCAGCGAAGGAUACCGAUCGCGUCACUCGCGAGCCGUCGCCGCCUGCCACCGACUCGGAAGCCCCCACCCCUCAACACCGCAUUCUAACCGACGAUGUAACCCGCCGAGAGUCGCCCCUAGACAUCUUCUUCCGAGCCGACCGGGCCGAGAAGGAGCGGGCGCGCCGUGCGAGCUCCGCCAACAUCCUUGGACCGAGCCACCCAUUCUUCUCUCCUCCCGCUCAGAUCCGAUCUCCUGCGGAGCCCAAGACCCUCCCUGGGGGUGCGUUCAGCCAGGCCAACCGCCGCUCCUGGUUCCAGCGCGACUCCCCGGCAGGUAUCCCCGCGAGCGAGCUCAAUGGUAUACCUGGCAGGCCGCUAGGGCCGGCGUUUUCGACACCCUAUCAGGACCGUAUCCGUGCGGCCCGAUCCGGCGAGAAGCAGGGCGAGCCCUUGCAGAAGCCUGCUCCGCUGCAGCCGGAUCCUGUGUCGACUGACAUGAGUGAGAGGCUGAAGCGGUUCCUUGCCAUCCCUGCGUCCGACGGCCCACAGCAGGCACCCGCAGGAUCGCCUGCUUUCUUGGCCGAUGCAUCACCGCCUUCGGGGACCAGGUCCCACCCGAUUCUGGCGCCGUCAGCAUCGAAUAUGUCCCCCGCGGGCGGUUUCCAGCAGAGCCGCUCGCCCCUACUGCCGCCGGGGCCCGCUGAUAUACCGCCGCUCUUUUCGCCUCACCAUCCUGCCGUCUCGUCAAUGCCGGCCGCCUCAGCGUCGACUAAUCCAGAUACCAGCCGCUCCGCCCAGCUCCUGCACAUGGAGGACAGCCUGCGACGCCUGCUCAAGUUGACCCCGGCGUCAACGCCCGAGGUGCCUGCGCCGGCUAACGGCCAAGGCCCUUGACACUUCGCGCCCACUGCCCGCUUCUACCUCCUGGCGGACGGAGCCAGGCUAUACUUUCGACAACUUCUUGGCAGAUCGGCAAUCGCAUUUUGUUACCGGAUCUGGGACUCAUCAUAUCUUACAACUCUGCUCUUCCUCCUUUUUUUCCAUUACCCCAUUUUUUUUCCCUUUUCUUCGUUU